AUGUUCCUUAGCGCCUGGGUUGACAAGGCCCUAGAGGUCACCGGCAUGGACGCAGUGGAUGCUCUUCGGGCGUUCUUCCUACUUGCCGCCGCCACCACGAUCACAAUCAGCAUCCCAGCCUCCCUCCACUCACGCUUUCUCGUCUACGGCCCACGCGCGGCCUCGACCAAGGCUUCCCCUCCUCCCCAAAACAAGGGUCUCCUUGACACUCUAGCCACCUGGCAGGUCCCACACAGCUACUUCACCCAAUUCUACAUUGCAUCUAUUCUUUCAUCCAUCUUCUGGGUAAUUCAGAUAUCAUGCCGGGGCGUGGUGUUCCAGGCUAUCGCCACGCGCGUUAAUGAAGAAAGCCGGCCCAGCAUGUCCAUUACACAGCUGGUGAUCUGCUGCGUGCUGUUAUUUAUGCAGGGAGCGCGCAGACUCUGGGAGUGUAUUGCAUUUUCGAAGCCCUCGACCUCGCGUAUGUGGUUCGUGCAUUGGCUUCUUGGUCUGAGUUUCUAUCUUGCUACUGGAGUGGCAAUUUGGAUUGAGGGUUCGCGCACGCUGUUGACGAGAGAAUUGUCCAUUGCGCAUUUCCAAAUGACCAAUGCCCCCAGCUUGAGAACAUUUGCCGUCGUGCCGUUGUUUUUGAUCGCUUCCGGAUUACAGCAUGAUUCGCAUCACUACCUUUCUUCUUUGAAGAAAUACACCCUUCCUGAACAUCCCAUGUUCCGUGGUGUGGUCUGUCCCCAUUACGGUGCUGAAUGUGUGAUAUAUCUAUCCCUUGCACUGGUCGCCGCCCCGCAAGGUGAAUGGAUCAACAAGACUAUGUUGACUUGUUUCAUCUUUGUGGCUGUGAACUUGGGUCUAACGGCGAGGAAUACCAAGGAGUGGUAUGCUUCGAAAUUCGGCAAUAACUCGGUCAAAAACUGGUGGUUCAUGAUUCCCUAUGUCUACUAA